UUUUGUGAGUUUCAGAUUGAAAAAGUAGUUAAAUUUGGCUCCAGUUUUUAUAGAAGACUCAAAAAGAGUUAUAUUCCUUAUUUAUUUUGAUUGUUAAGUACUCUUUUGAAUGUUGGCCUAGUGUAACCUGACAUCUCAGUGGAGGAUGCAAAAGAUCACAAGCAGUAGCAGCACUAGCAUGACUCUCCUAUGUAUCCUGUGGCUGAUGACACUCAGUCUGGCUCCUGGAGGCCGAGCCCAGAGGCCAAGGGAGCCAGACGUGGAGCAACCAGCAGCCCGGGCUCAGCUGGCUGAGAAGGACGCACUCUGCAACCAGGAUGGAUGCUACAGCGUCUUCCUCCAGAAGAGGAGCUUCAGGGAGGCUGGGCGGAGCUGCAGGGAGCGAGGUGGGACCCUGGCAACGAUGCACACCCACGAGGCAGCGGGUGUGGUCCAUGAGCUGCUGUCAGCCAUCGAGGGGACCAGACCAAGGCUUCGCCUCUGGAUCGGGCUGCACAGACCACCACGCCAGUGUUCGUCCACCCGGCCCCUUAGAGGAUUCGUCUGGGUCACAGGAGACCAGGAUGGCCAGUUUACCAACUGGCUCCGUGAGGACACCCCUGGAACAUGUGCAGCCCCUCGAUGUGUGGCCAUGACCGUCCACACUUCUGAAAGCGGACGUGAGAGCAGCGAUAAUUUCCGAUGGCUCGACGGCUCCUGUGCUCUGCCGUUAGAUGGAUUUGUUUGCCAGUACAACUACAGAGGAAUGUGUCCCCCGCUGCAGGAUGAGGGCAGAGGUCCGGCUGUUUACACCACACCAUUCCAUCUGGUUAGCACUCUGCUAACACAUGUGCCCUAUGGGUCUGUAGCCGCUUUGCCAUGCCCUGCAGAUGACUCCAACCCAGAUGCUAGUGCAGAGCAAACGGUGCUGUGCAUGGAAAGAGAUGACGAGACAGUCGGCUGGUCCAGGGACGCCCCCCUCUGCUCUGCAGGAACAGCUAGGCAGAACCAGGACUGGUGUAGCGGAGACCACGGAUGUGAGCAGUACUGCCAGAACACAGACACAGACUACUAUUGUUACUGCUCCGAGGGCUUUACGAUAGAUGAGGAUGGGUACAACUGCAGACCUGACCCCCUGAGCCAAACUAACCCACCUGAGUUAUCAUCUGACUCUGCUGGUCCUACUGACCAGCCCCACAUCAAGGAGGUCUGUGUGGAGAUGGGUUGUGAAUACAACUGUAUGGAGACAUCGCGGGGGAUUCGCUGCACGUGUCCCCCUGGAUACCAAAUGGCUCCAGAUGGGCGCAGAUGUUCUGACGUGGAUGAAUGCCAACAACAACCAUGCCCACAACUGUGCGUCAACAUCCCAGGCACCUUCCACUGCACCUGCCACAACGGGUACCAGCCGGAUGACGAGGGCGAGUGUGUGGAUGUGGAUGAGUGUCUGGAUGAAGGCACCUGUGAAGGCACUUGUGAGAAUACAGUUGGGUCCUUUGCAUGUUUGUGUAAUCCUGGGUAUGAGUCUGGUGAUGAUGGAAUGUGUGUAGACAUAGAUGAGUGUGUGGGAGAGUCACCCUGCCAGCAACAGUGUCUAAACUUCAUGGGAGGGUACCAGUGUUUCUGUGACAGUGGCUAUGACCUGCAGCAAGACGGACUCACCUGCCUGCCUUCACCUGAUGAUGAGGAAUACUCCACUCUGUCCCCUGACCCUAGUGACUCUGCCCACAUACCUAACUUUGACCCUAGCCGUGAUAUUCCCUGGUCCAGCUCUUUCACCCCAGAUCCAAACUUUGUAGAUGAUACUAACUUUGACGUAGACUGGCUGACAGAAGCUCCUGAGGCUCUGUCUCCUGACAUGAAUCAGGGGUCAGAUAAUCAUCUUAACCAAUGGGACGUCAUUUCCCCAAAACUGUAUCAGACAGCCACACCUCCUACACAAAAAGACAACACAGGAAAUGAAAUAGACAAUGAAGCUCAAGCUAAGACAGGUAGAGCUGGCAGUGAUGAGGUAGGAGCUGAGACUGAAAAUGGAGCAUCCACUGGGACCAGGGAGGGGGAGCAGCCUAAUGUUGACGGUACAGAGGAUGCCAGUGGCACAUCUGAGGAUGGGGCUGGGUCUAAAGCAGGAAAACGAAAGCACGACAAAAGCUGGCUACUCGUGGCCCUGCUCGUGCCACUAUGUGUGUUCCUCGUAGUGAUGCUCGCUCUGGGGAUUGUUUACUGCACCAGCUGUGCUGUAGACAAGAGCCUGAGCUUCUCAAACUGCUAUCGCUGGAUACUCCCUACAACACCUCCUGAUACGAGGAAUGGCAAAACCCAGGCUUGAACCCUAAAAUGAACUGAGCACACAGAGAUGUUUUGAAGAAUCAGAUGUUUGUUAUUAUUCUUCUUGUGGUGCGGGACUGAAAAUACCAUUUGGAUAAUAACACAGCAGUGUGGCUCCCCCAUUCAUCGAGAAAAUUUAAAUUCUUUCUGUUGCACAUCCUUUGUAA